UUCCCUUAUGGAGCAGAUACAAACUCUCAAAACCCUAGCAUUUUGUCCUCUCGCUCUCGCACUGUUCUCCCUCGUCGAUAUCAAAGGAGAGGGGAAAAUAUUAGGGUUUUAGAGACAACAGAGCGAAAUAGGCAAUUUUUAGGUUAGGGUUUUGAUUUUUCAUUGUUUGUCUGUAAGAAAGAAAACAAAAUGGUGGCAGACAAAGGAAAGAAGAUGAAAGUAGCAGAGAAGGGAGAAGAAGAGAAAUCUGAACAAAUCGAUGGAGACCUCAUUCUUUCCAUCGAGAAGCUUCAAGAGAUACAAGACGAGCUCGAGAAGAUCAAUGAGGAGGCGAGUGAGAAAGUUUUGGAAGUGGAGCAGAAGUACAAUGAAAUACGCAAGCCAAUUUAUGAUAAGCGGAAUGAGAAGAUUACGUCGAUACCUGAUUUCUGGUUAACAGCUUUUUUGAGUCAUCCUGCUCUUGGUGAACUUUUGAAUGAAGAGGAUCAGAAGAUAUUCAAGUAUAUUAGCUCACUUGAAGUGGAGGAUUUUAAGGAUCUGAAAUCUGGCUACUCCAUUACAUUUAACUUCGAUCCCAAUCCAUACUUUGAAGAUCCGAAACUUACGAAGACCUUUACCUUCCUUGAUGAAGGAACCAAGAUUGUUGCCACCAAAAUCAAGUGGAAAGAAGGCAUGGGCUUGCCAAAUGGAGUUGAUCAUGAGAAGAAAGGAAACAAGCGCCAGUUUGCUGAAGAAAGCUUCUUUAGCUGGUUUACUGAUGCUCAACAGAAAGAUGACAUGGAUGAAAUUCAUGAUGAGGUGGCAGAGAUUAUCAAGGAGGAUUUAUGGCCCAAUCCCCUUGCAUAUUUCAACAAUGAUGCUGAUGAAGAAGAUUUUGAUGGUGAUGAAGAGGGAAAAGAUGACACUGAUGACGACGAUGAUCAAGAUGACGAGGACGAUGAUGAUGGUGAAGAUGAUAACUGAAGUAACGUCUGGCCUCUAGUUAUAUAGUAGUUGCUUGCUUUGCGAUCAAGUAAACUUAUGUAAAGUUGCUAAGGUUAUGGGGAGGAUAACCAUUUUUAAGGUAGCUUUCUCUGCUGGAUAAGCAACUGGCAUUAUUGCCAGCGUAGGUUUGAUUUUCCCUUUUUUCUCUUUGGUUUGAUCUGUCGUUUACCUUUUUCUUAAUCAUUUUGUAUGUUUUUGUUUUUCUGGUUUCCUCCCCCAUGGUGACAUGAACUGAUCUGGCAUGCGCUGGUCUAUAAUCUAUACUUUGCUUUAUAAUAUGUAUGUGUGAUCAAGUUUUUUUUUU